AUGGUCCUCGACAGCUCCUCAUCGAACCUAUCUGUUCUCGAAGCGUCCCUGCUCAACGCCACCGGUAAUAUACCUCUGCAUAGCAGGUUUAGAGCGUUGUUCACGCUGAAGGCACUGAAGACUGAUGAGGCAGUAAAUAUCAUCUCAAAAGGGUUCUCGGACGACAGCACGUUGCUAAAGCACGAGCUCGCCUAUUGCCUCGGACAGAUGAAGAACAUGUCUGCUCUUCCUAUUCUUGAGACUGUGCUAUCGGACGAGAAGGAAGACCCGAUGGUCAGACAUGAGGCGGCUGAGGCGAUGGGCGCGCUAUCCUCGACUUCCUCAGUGAACAUCCUGAAAAAAUAUAUGUCGGACCCAAAUCGCAGCGUCAGGGAGACCUGUGAGAUCGCGCUAGCUAAAAUUGAAUGGGACAACUCUGAGGAAGGGCGAAAACAUUGGGCAAGCGUCCGGCCCACUGAGGAACAGACAUACACGUCGAUAGACCCUGCCCCACCAAGUUCGCGUCUUCUGUCCGGCAAGGCCGCUCCAGAAAAUACAUCCGAUUCGAAUAUUGCCUCUCUGCGAGCCACGCUGCUCGACAAAAAUCGCUCUCUGUUCGAGAGAUACCGCGCCAUGUUCGCCCUGCGGAACAUCGGCACUCCAGCCGCGGUCGACGCGCUCGCAGCGGGGUUCUCAGACGACAGCGCGCUCUUCAAGCACGAGAUCGCGUUCGUCUUUGGCCAGCUUCUCUCGGCGCAUUCGGUGCCCUCCCUGCUCGCCGUGCUCGAGAAUCCACACGAGUCCGAGAUGGUGCGGCACGAGGCCGCGGAGGCACUCGGCGGGAUCGCGACGCCCGAGGUCCUCCCGCACCUCAAGCAGUGGAUGCGGCGCACGGACGCGCCGCGUGUCGUCCGCGAGAGCUGCGAGGUCGCGAUUGAUAUGUGGGAGUAUGAGAACUCUGGCGAGUUCCAGUAUGCGAAUGGGUUGGAGGGAUCGGCCGUGGGCACUGUUGGGGCGUGA